AUGUAUGAUGCCGUCUCCAAACCCAUUCUUACCUAUGCUGCACCCGUCUGUUGGAAGAAGGUGGAAAUGAAGUCCACGCAGGCCAAGCUCAGCAAACUACAGAGACUGGCCUGCGUGGGUAUCACUGGCGCGAUGAGAACAACACCAACGGCGGCUCUCGAGGUGCUUCUUGACCUGCUUCCCCUACACAUAGUAAUCAAGAAAGAGGCUCUGCUGUUUACAGCAAGGCUCGUCUCAGGGGACAGUGUAGGGGACAAGAAGAAUAACUGGGACAAUGAACGACCUAAACCCCGGAAGGGCAGCCACAUCUGGUAUACCGACGGCUUAAAGACUGACGGCCACGGAGCAGGAGUCUACGGUAUACAACCCAGACUGCUCCUUUUCACCAGCAUGGGGCAGGGUAACUCUGUCUUUCAGGCCGAGGUUCACGCCAUUGAACUUUGUCUGAGGCAGUAUGUAGAAAGUGGGGCAACCAAAAAACACAUCUAUAUACACUCGGACAGCAGAGCGGCGCUCCUCGCCCUGAAAGCGCACGAGGUCACCUCAAAGCUGAUGUGGGAUUGUCUUCAACUUUUAAUACUGAUCGCCUCAAGGCACCGGGUAUACCUCAUAUGGGUACCGGGACACAGCGGAGUCAUGGGCAAUGAAGCGGCAGAUAUUCUCCCCAGGAAAGGGGCUGCACAGAGAUUCAUAGGCCCAGAACCCUUUACCGGUCUGCCAUGGAGCUCCGUUAUACGGAACUACUAUAUCUCAAUGCAGAACGAAGCACAACAAUACUGGACCAAUAUGGAAG